AUGGGUAACCUCUGCGGCAAACAGUCCAAAGACGGCUUCGACGGCCCCGGCCGAACCCUGGGAUCGGCCCCCGCGCCUGCAACGAAGGCCUCGGUCCCAGUGACUGCGAAUGCAGGGUCAACACAAAAGCGCACUGUUGGAGGACCGCCGAGGACACUGGGAGAGAGCAAUUCGGGGAGCGAUCCCAGAUCGGCGGCGGCCGCUGCUGCAGAGGCACGCGCAAACAAGAACUCCACCGGCGACCUCCAGAAGAAGCUCGAUGCGCAGAAGAAAUUGACGCCAACAAAGCAGCUGCAGGCUGCAGCGAAGGAGAAUCUCGCAUACCGCGACGCUGAUGCAAAUACCAAAGCAAGUCAGCACCACUGAAGAGGUUCAGGGAAAUCAUUGUGUGAUUUCGGGGGACAUGUAGAGAAAAUGACGUCCAGCUCCUGAAGCGUCUGAGAGGACCUGUUGCUAUAUUUCUGCGCAUAGAGCAAGGCGUUUGGGAGUCGCCAUGUGCCACUUGACUGUAUGCUCAUCGUUCGCUCAGAUACAGAAAUAGACGUUAGCAAUGCAGCUUUUUAUCAACUCACUGACAAAGUAGAGUCAAGAACUCUAUUUGUUACACCACGAACCCUACCUCGUACCUUGUCCAUCCUCUCUCCGCCACUUCUCCAAC